CGAAAAGAUGCAGCCUAGUGUACCCCUCAAUUCAGCAACAUGCUCCAACGUCACAAUUGUCUGAACGUUGUCUGUCAUCGGUUUGAGGAUAUGUACAUGCAUAGGUAGCAAUACGGAGGUUGUCAGAAUUAGACUGGAUGCGUAGUGAUUUGCAUUUAUAUAAGCUACGGUAAAUUUCUUUAUUAAAUUGAAUUGUUUAAUUUCUAAAUUACUACUGUGUAUUUCUAGUUUUCAAUUAUAUUCAAUGAAUUCGUAUGAGGUAGUUCUGUGGUUAGUUGAAUACACUAUUGCCGACAAAAUGUAAGCUAAACGAAUUGUAAACCCUGUUAUUAACCCUACUUACAAAUAAACAUUAUUUCAGCUUCGAGCUAACUCACUGCUAAAUACGAGUUUUGCUACGCGGAUUGUCCGAAAAUAGUUUAUUUGACCACAGAAAACUCGAAGAUUUUUAACGAUGUCCAACCCACCAAGGCAGUCGAUGAUCAGGCAAACGCGGUCGAAAACCCGCGCGGCGAAGGAGAGUGCAAAUCCCAACCUCCAAGUUGAGACGGAUUCACUGGAGGAAAAUCACUCGUCCAAUUCGUUUGAACCGUCGAUCAUUGAUGUUGAUGGAGGCGAUAAAAUUGAGUGCGGUGGUUGCGACAAACCGAACAGUUACGAAUUGUAUAUGGUCCAAUGCCGAAGCUGUGCCCGUUGGUACCACUUCUCUUGCGCCAAUGUGAAGCAAUCGACGGUUCGGAAAGAAGCCUUUGUGUGUAAACUGUGUGUGCCACCAGCUAGUUCUAGAACAAGUCGCACUACUACGUCUAGUAUGCGACAGGCGAGGAUUGCCCGGGAACUAGAACGCCUUGAAGAGGAGAGGAGGCUGAUGGAACGGAUGCACGAAGAGGAGUUUGCACUGCAGGAAAAGGCCAGGAAGGACAAGUUCGAACGCGAGAAGCAAUAUUUAGCCAAAAGGUUUGAUUUGCUUCGGCAACAAGAUGAGCAAGACGGAACAUCGAAUUCGGGUAGCAGUCAUCGUUGUCAGCAUAGUCGUCAGGGAAGCCAAAACCGAGUUCAGGACUGGGUGGAUGACGUCGCCAGAAUUACCGAAGGCGCUGGCGAGCGGUUACCAGGAACCACCGUAGUCGUCAACGAAAAGGACUUCGACCCGAAUGUCAUCGUUACCAACGAAGGCCACGCUUCAUCAACCCCAGUAAAAACUCAUGUACCUACGCCACUGGUUCCAUUACGUCUGAAUGACAAGAGCCAGGAACUGGUUUCGGCUCCGCGUACCACCGGAAGUAUUGCGAUCGGGGAGACAGCGGACGAGGAUUCAGAAAGCGCGAUUGGAGCUGUUGGCGGGACGAAUCGCCCCAGGAUUUCACCGGUGCUGUCGUUCGUUGAUGUGGUAGGCCCCCUUGACAAUCUGCUGAACAAUCCGGUUGUGACGAAAUCCAAAACGGGCACGAUUCCGAAGUUGCAGACUCGUCCAUCCUUCGAACAAUGGCGUUCUCGUACUACCAACAACGAACACGAAAAGGAGCGUGUAAAAGAAAGUGAUGUACGGAGGCAGCGGGAGCUGGAUUUGAUCGAUCAGCUUAACCGGCUCGAGAUGCAGAAAGAAGACGGGUUCCUCAAGAACCGAGAACUGGAGCAGCAGAUGAAAACGCGAGAAAAAGAACAGGAGCAAUUGGUGCUGCAAAAACAACGUGAAUUGAGCAAAUUGGAACAACAGUUGCAACGUCAGAAGCAGGAGCAGGAAAACUUCGUCCAGCAACAGCAGAAGGUUUUAAAGAAGCGUGAUGAGGAACUGGACCGUCUACGGCGUCUGGAGCAAGAAUAUAGGCAGUAUAGGCAAGGUCAAAAGCAUCGAGAACUACAUCAAGCGCCGACGAUAGAGAGUCGUAUUCAUCAGAAGGAGAACGAUGAUAUAACAACCCUGCGGCCGCAGGUUCUACAUUCUGCUGCCGCGAUAUCAAAUUCAGCGGGCCACGGAGAGCCUGCAGGAAUUCCUCGCCAAGAUGACAUCUGUGGGAAUCCGGUAAGUGAUGCUUUGCUAGGCGGUACUCAACCGCAUUCACAUGAUGUCCGAUUACAACACCGGAGCUUCGACGAACCUGGAAUCAACACUCCCGUGGGAGGGCGCUCAGAUAUUGACAUAGAAAGUAGGGCGUUUGCUAGUGAAGUUUCUGUUAGGCCUAGUCAGAUACAAAAUCCAGUAUUGAACCCCUACCUCCCAGUCUCGACUCCCCCUGUAGUCAACAACGUCGCUAUUCCUCCCCAAUUGGCUCCUACUCCCCAACAAUUAGCGGCCCGACAAGUGGUUAAUCGUGAAUUACCUAUAUUCGCGGGUGAUCCGAUUGAUUGGCCCCUAUUUAUAAGUAGUUAUAACCAUUCGACACACGCUUGUGGCUACUCAGACUCCGAAAACUUGCUUCGUCUUCAAAGGUGUCUGAAGGGAAGUGCCAAAGAAGCGGUAAGUAGUUUCUUGCUCCAUCCCACAACGGUGCCACAAGUGGUUUCAACGUUACAACUCCUGUACGGUAGACCGGAGCAAAUCGUCCAGAGUUUGAUCGCCAAAGUACGUAACACGCCGGCACCGAAGAGUGAAAGGUUGGACACGUUAGUAAGUUUCGGUCUCGUUGUGCAAAACUUAUGCGGGCAUUUGAAGGCCAUAGGAUUGGAAAACCAUCUUUCGAAUCCAGUUCUCCUCAAUGAGCUGGUCGAAAAGUUACCAACAGCAGUGAAGUUCAAUUGGGCCCUUCAUCAAAGUCAACUCGCGGUGGUCGAUCUGAGUGCGUUUGGGGAAUAUAUGGCGAAUGUUGUGUCUGCGACAAGCUGCGUGGUAUCCUGGAAUGGAGUAGCGUCUAAGGUGGCCAAGGAUGACUGCUCCAAGGGUAAGGAUCGGGCGUACAUCAACACACACACCAAACCGGGGAUGACAGGAAGACAUCAUGAAGUUGUCGAAGAAGAUCGUGCCACUUUCGUUACACAGCAGGAAGGACCCAAGAGCUCGGAGAAACCACUGACAUGCCCGUCGUGCAAGAAUAGGGGUCAUCUGGUGGAAGAUUGCGGACUGUUCAAGAGGAUUUCUAUUGACGAUCGUUGGAAGGUGGUAAAGGAGAAUAGACUUUGCGGUCGGUGUCUAACGUCCCACACACGUUGGCCUUGCAAGGGUCAAGUAUGUGGAAUAGAUGGGUGCCCAAGGCGACAUCAUCGUCUUCUCCAUGAUAAAAACUCAUCGGUGCCAACCAAAAUUGAUGCUGGAAAGAAUGCAACGGUAUCUCUCCAUCGGCAGCCGUCGUCCUUCAAUCUCUUCCGUAUUAUUCCUGUGACUCUUUACGGAAGGAAGGGAAAAAUGGACACCUACGCCUUCCUUGACGACGGAUCGUCGGUUUCACUGAUAGAAGACAGAAUAGCUGAUACACUCGGAUUGGACGGUGUCGCUGAAUCUCUCUGUGUCCACUGGACUGGUGGAAUCAAGAAAAACUAUUCCAAUUCUCGGAUGGUUUCGUUAGAAAUUUCCGGCGAAGGAAAAGAUAGGCGGUACCUUGCAUCGGAAGUCUACACAGUGCGUAACCUUGGACUGCCUGAGCAAACGAUGAAGAUCGCCGAAUUGGUAAAGGAGUUCCAGCAUCUGAAGAACCUUCCGGUUCGGGAUUUCGAUUCAGCUGUUCCUGGUAUUCUUAUUGGCCACAACAACGUACAUUUGCUGGCUUGCCUUAAGCUACGAGAAGGACGUGAACAUGAACCGAUUGCCACGAAGACUCGUUUAGGCUGGGUUGUCUACGGAAGCCGACGAGGACCAGAGAUCAAUCACCCGCAUCUGCAGAUGUACAUCUGCAACAAGCAGGAAGAUCAAAAUUUGCACAAUUACGUUCGUAACUUCUUUGAAUUGGAAAGCUUGGGUGUCGCAGUUGUUCCCGAAGUGAAAGGAUCGGACGAGCAACGAGCAAUGUCGAUUCUCAAUGAGUCGACGGUGCGAACACCCAGCGGGCGUUUCAAAACGGCUCUCUUGUGGAAGUACGAUGACUUCGAGUUUCCGGACAGUAAGCGGAUGGCGAUUAAGCGGAUGGAGUGUCUGGAACGGAGACUGCGCAAUAACCCUGACUUGUAUAACAAUGUUCGAAAACAGAUUGUGGAAUAUCAGGAGAAAGGGUAUUCCCAUAAAGCUACGGCUGAAGAGCUGCAACGAUUUGAUCCGAGGCGAACCUGGUUUCUUCCGUUGGGGGUUGUGUUGAAUCCCAAAAAACCCAACAAAGUUCGACUCGUGUGGGAUGCAGCGGCCACGGUCGACGGAAUAUCACUCAACACGAUGCUGAUGAAAGGUCCUGACCUGUUAACACCUCUGCUACAUGUGUUGUAUCCGUAUCGCGAACGAGAGGUAGCCAUCACAGCAGAUGUGAAAGAAAUGUUCCACCAACUUCUUGUGUGCGAGGAGGAUCGUAGUGCUUUACUAUACCUUUGGCGGAACUCUGCUGAUUUACCAUUGGACACGAUGGUAAUGGAUGUGGCGAUAUUUGGAGCUUCAUGUUCGCCCACGCAGGCACAAUUUGUUAAAAACAUGAACGCUAUGGAAUUCGAACACCAAUAUCCUAGAGCUACACUUGCGAUAAUACGGCGUCACUACGUAGACGACUAUUUAGAUAGUGUCGAUACCAUAGACGAAGCAGUAGAAUUGGCCGCCCAAGUCAUGGAGGUCCACGGUCAAGCCGGCUUUCAUAUUCGGAACUGGAUAUCCAACAAAGAGGAAUUUGUGAGAACAAUAGGAGAAGGUAAUCCCGCAGUAGUGAAGCACUUUACUCCAGGCCAGGAGAGUGACGGUGAACGAUUGCUAGGGAUGAUUUGGCAACCGACAGAGGACAACUUCUCAUUUGCGUUAAACUUCCGUGACGAUUUGAAAGACAUCUUGGCUGGUGACGUUGUUCCAACGAAACGGCAAAUACUCAGAAUAGUCAUGAGUAUUUAUGAUCCACUGGGACUCGUUUCGACGUUCGUAGUUCAUGGAAAGAUAAUGAUCCAAGAAAUGUGGAGAAUCAAGAUAGGCUGGGAUGAAAAGAUUCCAACAAAUCUCUUCACUCGUUGGCAGCAAUGGCUUAUUCGACUGAGAGGAAUGGACGAGAUUGAAGUACCGCGCUGUUAUUUUCCCGGCUAUCACCCAUCCAGCUACGACACGCUCCAGCUUCACAUAUUCGUCGACGCAAGUUCAGAAGCCUACGCUGCAGUUGCAUAUUUUAGAAUCGUCGAUCGUGGAACUGUUCGUUGCGCCUUGGUAUCUUCUAAAACAAAGGUGGUGCCACUCCAACCACUAUCAACGCCACGUGCCGAACUGCUUGCAGCGGUUCUAGGAGCUCGUUUACGGAAAACAAUCGUAGACGGACAUUCGUUGAAGAUACAUCAAACCCAUUUUUGGUGUGACUCAUCUACUGUACAUUCGUGGAUCACAUCGGAUCUUCGACGAUAUAGACAAUUUGUUGCGCUAAGGGUCAACGAAAUUCUCAACCUAUCCACACCCGAGGAAUGGAGGUGGAUUCCAACCCACUUAAACGUUGCCGAUGAGGCCACCAAAUGGGGCAAGGGGCCUUCGUUCACCGCUGACAGCCGCUGGUAUCGAGCUCCUCAGUUUCUGUACGAACCAGAAGAACUUUGGCCAGGAGAUCAGGAGACUCGCAUAACUGAAACGGAUGAAGAAGUUCGUCCGGCGUAUGUUGGGAAGCAUUCCCUCGGGCAACCACUCGUGCUUGUUGAGCGUUUCUCAAAAUGGGAGCGACUCCACAGAUGCGUUGCGUAUGUGUUACGGUUCGUCAAUCGAGUUCAUCCGGAAUGGAAGACGCUGGGAUCAACGGUGAAUCUCACGAAGGAAGAUUUACUGGAAGCGGAACGAGUGCUUUGGCGGUUGGUGCAACAUGAAGCGUAUCCCGAUGAGGUCAACAUUUUGAAAUCAAAAAGAGAGGGCCAACGAAAUCAACAAAAGAAUGUAGAGAAGAACAGUUUGUUGUACAAACUAUCACCAAUAAUGGACGAGCAUGGAAUAAUUCGCAUGAACAGUCGCCUUUCUGCAGCCGAGUUCUUGCCCUUCGAUACUCGAUUUCCAAUUAUCCUUCCGAAGGACAGCUAUAUCACCCGCCUCGUUGUUGAUUGGUAUCACCGCGACUACAAACACGCAAAUGACGAAACAGUCAUUAACGAGAUAAAACAAAAAUUCCACAUCUCGAAGUUGAGAGGGCGGUUGAGCUUCGUGAAGAAAAACUGCAGCUGGUGCCGCGUAUAUAAGGCAGUACCAACAGUACCGCAGAUGGCAUCACUUCCGCCGGAAAGGCUUACUCCGUUCGUCCGCCCCUUUUCCUAUGUAGGAAUAGACUAUUUUGGGCCGUAUCUGGUGAAAAUAGGAAGAGCUUCAGUGAAACGCUGGGUGGCUCUUUUCACGUGUUUAACGAUUAGAGCCAUUCACUUGGAAAUCGCUGCCACGUUGUCUACGGAUUCCUGUAAAAAGGCUAUUCGCCGAUUCAUUGCCCGGAGAGGUGCACCAUUAGAAGUUUUCACAGACAACGGGACAAACUUCGUUGGAGCUGGUAGAGAGCUGGCAGAAGAGAUAAGGAAUUUGAACAAUGAGUUGAGUAGUACCUUCACGAAUAGCCAUACACAAUGGAGGUUCAACCCUCCUGCAGCUCCCCACAUGGGAGGCUGCUGGGAGAGAAUGGUGCGCUCGGUGAAGGUAGCACUCGGCAGCGUACCUACAUUGCGGAAACUUGACGAGGAAUCCUUCUGGACCAUGUUAGCUGAGGCCGAAUCUAUGAUAAACUCUCGCCCACUCACAUUUGUACCGCUUACAACUGAUUCGGAAGAAUGCUUGACCCCGAAUCACUUCCUUAUGAUGAGCUCAAAGGGAGUUAAGCAACCUGUCAAAGAUCCAAUUUGCGAGAAAGCUGCUUUGAAAGACAGCUGGUCUACGUUACAGAUGGUUCUGGAUCACUUCUGGAAACGUUGGUUGUUGGAGUAUCUACCGACCAUCACACGACGGUCAAAAUGGUUCCAAGAUGUACGACCGAUUAAGGCAGGUGAACUAGUGAUAAUUGCAGAUGAGAAGCUUCGAAACCACUGGACAAGGGGGCGUGUCGUCCGUGUGUAUACAGGGCAAGAUGGAGUGGCAAGGAAAGCGGAUGUGCAAACAAGUGGAGGAGUCCUGCAACGUGCUGUGGCGAAACUAGCUGUGCUAGAUCUUGAAAAGGCUGAUGACGCAGAAGCGGAACUUCAGUCGUCAUGCGGGGGAGGAUGUUCCGAAAAGAUGCAGCCUAGUGUACCCCUCAAUUCAGCAACAUGCUCCAACGUCACAAUUGUCUGAACGUUGUCUGUCAUCGGUUUGAGGAUAUGUACAUGCAUAGGUAGCAAUACGGAGGUUGUCAGAAUUAGACUGGAUGCGUAGUGAUUUGCAUUUAUAUAAGCUACGGUAAAUUUCUUUAUUAAAUUGAAUUGUUUAAUUUCUAAAUUACUACUGUGUAUUUCUAGUUUUCAAUUAUAUUCAAUGAAUUCGUAUGAGGUAGUUCUGUGGUUAGUUGAAUACACUAUUGCCGACAAAAUGUAAGCUAAACGAAUUGUAAACCCUGUUAUUAACCCUACUUACAAAUAAACAUUAUUUCAGCUUCGAGCUAACUCACUGCUAAAUACGAGUUUUGCUACGCGGAUUGUCCGAAAAUAGUUUAU